CGGCAACGGCAGCAGCACCAUGGAGAGCGGCGGCCUGCGCCGCCUGGACGCCGCCGCCUUCCUCGGCGCCUGGCGCCUCUUCGACGCCGACGACAACGGUUACAUAGAAGGAAAGGAGCUUGACAACUUUUUUCAUCAUCUCCUGGAGAAACUGGGACCAGAAAACACCAUCACAGAAGAAGAAGUUCAGGGGAUGAAAAAGCGAUUCUUGUCUGCCUAUGAUGUCACGACAGAUGGACGCUUGCAAAUCCAGGAGCUUGCAAAUAUGAUCUUGCCAGAUGAUGAGAACUUUCUGCUUCUUUUCCGACGGGAAACUCCCUUGGACAACAGUGUGGAAUUCAUGCGGAUCUGGCGCAGUUAUGAUGCUGAUAGCAGUGGAUUUAUUUCAGCCGGCGAGCUCAAAGAUUUCCUGCGAGAUCUCUUUUUGCAGCAUAACAAGAAGGUUGCUGAAGUAAAGCUGGAAGAAUAUACUGAUACUAUGAUGAAAAUCUUUGACAAAAACAAAGAUGGACGGCUGGACCUGAAUGAUCUGGCAAGGAUUCUGGCGCUCCAGGAAAAUUUUCUUCUUCAAUUUAAAAUGGACGCUUGCAGCACAGAAGAAAGGAGGAGAGAUUUUGAGAAGAUUUUUGCUCACUAUGAUGUGAGUAAAACGGGAGCACUUGAAGGCCCAGAAGUGGAUGGAUUUGUCAAAGACAUGAUGGAAUUGGUCAAGCCCAGCAUUAGCGGGGUGGACCUGGACAAGUUCCGGCAGAUCCUGCUCAACCACUGUGAUGUGAACAAGGAUGGGAAAAUACAGAAAUCUGAACUAGCUUUGUGUCUUGGGCUUAAAAUGAACCCAUAACCAGGAGAGCGCUCGUGGUUGUGUUUUCCUUGUGAGGUUUCUUGCUGCUCCUCGUAGAAAUGUGUCUGUGCUGCGUGUGAGUGGUAGGGAGCAGGGGCAGCUCACCGCCCGGCUGGAGAGCAGCUGCACAAAGACAUGGCACUGUGGGAUUUGCAUGGAGGGCCUCUCUGCUCUACCAGUCCAUUUGUGGUGUUCACUUGCUGCCACAGCUUACAGGUUCCCUUAGCAAUGUC